AUGAUGAAAAUUACAAAUUUGUUUUUAAUUUUAAUUCAUUUAUCAUUUUUCAAAACAAUAAAUAGUAAUAAAAAUAAUAUUCCUUAUUCUAUUUGUCAUAAAAAUGAUGUAUAUUUAGGGGAUGAUUUUUAUUUUCUUAAAAAUAAGAAAUAUGUUUUGUACGAUGUAAAUAUAGGUGAAGGCUUUAAUCUACAAAAAGAAGUUUUAUACAGAAUAUCAUUAGUUGUAUAUUAUUUAAAUAAAAAAGACAAAAAUAAUAUAUAUUAUUUAGUUUUGCCACCUUGGUGUUAUUUAGCUCAUUGGAACAAUAAAAAACAUAAAAAAAUCAAGUGGAAUUUUUUUUUUAACUUAAAAGUUAUUCAAAAUGUAAUACCUGUAAUAGAAUUUCCAGAAUAUAGCAAAAUAUAUGGAAGUAAUACUGAUUUUAUUAUAUCAUUUAAAUUUAGAUUCAGUAAUAUUCUACCAAAUAAAGGAAGUUUUGAUGUUUUAAGUUUUGACAAAUGCCCUAUAGAAGGUUUUAAUUUUAAGAAUAUUUGUAAAAAGUGUGAAAAUAAAUAUUCAGUUACUUAUUCAGGAAACUGCACAAAUAUUAAGGCUAAAAAUUGUGAAUGCUAUGAAUACAAUUUUAUUACUAGUUUUUUUGCAAGUAAUAUUAUUUAUAAUUUAUUCUUUUAUGAUGUAGAUUCUAUUUUAAUAAAACAAGGAUCCAGCAUACUAGUUCCCUUUGUUAAUGAGUUGUUUGAAAAUAAUCUUGAAGAUAUCUUGUUAUUCAGUGAAGAUUUGAUAGAAGAAGGAAAUAAUUAUGUAAAAAAAAUAUUAAAAACAACUAACUAUUUAAGUUCUCAUUUAAGAUAUACAGAUUUUAGAAAAAUUUCUUAUUAUGAUGUUCCACCAAUUAAUAUUUCUAUUUUUAAACUCUUAUAUAUUAUGUUUAUGAAUGAGAAUGAGAAAAUUUUUAUUUCUACUGAUGAAAAAAAAGAAGUUCAAAAAAUUGUUAAUCAAGAAUUUAAUGAGUUUAAAAAUUAUUUUUAUUUUUAUGAAAAUGAAAAUUAUCAUGAAGGAGAAGUUGCUAUAAUUGAUCAAUGGAUAUGUAUUAAAUCAAAAAUUUUUGUUGGCAACAUUUUUUCAAGGUAUAGUCUACAUAUAAAAUGGGAAAGAUAUUUAAUGAAUACAUACGAAAAAAAAAACUUAGAUUUGUGUGGGUAUAAUAUUAAUAAUGAUGAAAAAUUAAGAAAAAAUUAUAAAAAUAUUAAAGAUAUAUAUAAUAAAAAAGCUUUAAUAAAGCUGAAACAUAUAUAUGAUAAUUACUCAGAAAAAGAUAAAAAAUAUUUAAACACUAUAUGUUUAGGUUUUAAUUCCCAUUUUCCUAAAAAUACUAGUAUAUAUAGACUAAAAUAUAUUAACCAUUUAUAA